AUGACAAUAUACCAAUUUUUGCUACUAUUUCUACUCUGGGUAUGCCUGCCACAUUUCUGUUCUCCAGAGAUAAUGUUCAGAAGGACUCCUGUACCCCAGCAAAGAAUUUUAGGUGCACGUGUACCUAGGAGUGAUGGCAAAAUUCUGCAUCGUCAAAAACGUGGGUGGAUGUGGAAUCAAUUUUUCUUACUGGAGGAAUACACAGGAUCUGAUUACCAAUACGUGGGCAAGCUUCAUUCAGACCAAGAUAAAGGAGACGGAUCACUCAAAUAUAUUUUAUCUGGAGAUGGAGCAGGUACUCUUUUUAUUAUUGAUGAAAAAACAGGUGACAUUCAUGCCACAAGAAGAAUUGAUAGGGAAGAAAAAGCCUUUUAUACUCUGCGUGCACAAGCUAUUAACAGAAGAACUUUGAGACCAGUAGAACCAGAAUCUGAGUUUGUGAUCAAAAUCCAUGAUAUCAAUGACAAUGAGCCAACGUUCCCAGAAGAAAUUUAUACAGCGAGUGUUCCGGAAAUGUCUGUUGUAGGUACUUCCGUGGUGCAAGUCACAGCUACAGAUGCGGAUGAUCCUUCCUAUGGGAACAGCGCCAGAGUUAUUUACAGCAUACUUCAAGGGCAGCCAUAUUUCUCUGUGGAGCCUGAAACAGGUAUCAUCAGGACUGCUUUACCAAACAUGAACAGAGAAAACAGAGAGCAGUACCAAGUGGUAAUCCAGGCCAAAGAUAUGGGCGGCCAGAUGGGAGGCUUAUCAGGGACCACAACGGUGAACAUCACACUGACAGAUGUAAAUGACAACCCACCUCGCUUCCCCCAGAGUGGCAGAGGCAUGUUGAAAGUCAUCAUGAACAACCGAAAGGAGCACCCACUGACGAAACCGGAAGUUGUAGCAGUAAAUAGAUUAGAGUCAGUGAUGUUCUGUGAUAGAAAGAUUGUGAAACAGAUGUUUUUCAAAAGAACAGUUAGAGGUUUCCAGGCAAAGAGUUGUGUGGAAAAUCGAAGUAAGGAAAGCAUACUGGAAAAGUCUAAACCUGAAAGAGACCAGUGCUGUGGAGAUUAUGAUGUCAAACAUAUCAGUCCCGUCACCAUCAAUAAUUCGGUAUUCUACUUCUGCAUUUUUCCCAGUGUCUGCAUCAGUUGCUUUUACACUUCCAAUGGCUGUGCCAACUGGCGAGGACUCAAGGACUCGAAGCCACUUGACUACGAGAGCCGAAGACUUUACACUCUGAAGGUUGAAGCAGAAAAUACCCAUGUGGAUCCACGUUUUUAUUACCUGGGACCAUUUAAAGACACAACGAUUGUGAAAAUCUCCGUAGAAGAUGUGGAUGAACCUCCCGUUUUUAGCAGAUCCUCCUACCUGUUUGAAGUUCAUGAGGAUAUCGAAGUGGGCACGAUCAUUGGUACUGUAAUGGCAAGGGACCCAGAUUCCGCUUCUAGCCCCAUUAGAUUUUCCUUGGAUCGCCAUACUGACCUUGACAGGAUCUUUAACAUACAUUCUGGAAAUGGAUCCCUUUAUACUUCAAAGCCACUUGACCGUGAACUAUCUCAAUGGCACAAUCUAACUGUUAUAGCUGCUGAAAUCAACAAUCCCAAAGAGAUGACUCGUGUGGCUGUUUUUGUCAGAAUUUUGGAUGUUAAUGACAAUGCUCCACAAUUUGCAGUGUUCUAUGACACUUUUGUAUGUGAAAACGCCAGACCAGGGCAGCUAAUACAGACUAUAAGCGCAGUAGACAAAGAUGACCCUUUAGGUGGACAGAAAUUUUUCUUCAGUUUAGCUGCUGUCAAUCCCAACUUCACAGUACAGGAUAAUGAAGAUAAUACUGCCAGAAUUUUAACCAGAAAAAAUGGAUUCAAUAGACAUGAAAUAAGUACCUAUCUCUUGCCCGUGGUGAUAUCAGACAAUGAUUACCCAAUUCAGAGCAGCACAGGCACGCUGACCAUCCGAGUGUGUGCUUGCGACAGCCAAGGCAACAUGCAGUCCUGCAGCGCUGAAGCUCUGCUCCUCCCCGCGGGUCUCAGCACCGGGGCCCUCAUCGCCAUUCUCCUCUGCAUCAUUAUUCUGCUGGUUAUAGUAGUACUGUUUGCAGCUCUGAAAAGACAGCGAAAAAAGGAGCCUCUGAUCUUGUCUAAAGAGGACAUCAGAGACAACAUCGUGAGCUACAACGACGAGGGUGGCGGAGAGGAGGACACCCAGGCCUUUGAUAUCGGCACCCUGAGGAAUCCUGCAGCGAUCGAGGAGAAGAAGCUGCGGCGAGACAUCAUCCCGGAGACGUUAUUCAUACCUCGCAGGACUCCCACGGCCCCGGAUAACACAGACGUCCGCGAUUUCAUUAACGAAAGGCUGAAAGAGCAUGACCUCGACCCCACCGCGCCCCCCUACGACUCCCUGGCAACCUACGCCUACGAAGGGAACGAUUCCAUCGCGGAGUCUCUGAGCUCCUUAGACUCGGGGACCACUGACGGAGACCAAAACUACGAUUACCUCCGAGAGUGGGGCCCCCGGUUUAACAAGCUGGCCGAAAUGUACGGUGGCGGGGACAGCGACAAAGACUCUUAA